GAUACUGACACACAGCAAAGCAUUGACCCAUUUCUCCUUACAAAGCUGUUGAAGAGCGGAGAGGUUGUACUCGAGAUCAGACCUAUUGCACAAGGACAAGAUUUAUUAUAAUAUAUUCUCCCUUUCCAGUCUGGCUUUGUCAGUGCUGCUCUCAACCAACCUCUUCAACACUGAAAUUAUCACUUGGUAGGCGGAUUUUUUUUGUGUUAAAAAAUGUGAAUACAACUGCCCCAACUAAAAAUGACAAACUAAUAAGGCCUGAGGAGGUAAGUGUACAAACAUUUCUUCAAACAUUAACUUUAACCACAGUACAGAAUAUAUAUAGACUACUAAAAAAAAAAAUGUGCACAUUUCCAACCACAAACAUCUAUAUACAUUUCCAGCACAUAAGCGUGAGACAUGUCAGCGUUAAACGUGCAAACAACUGUGGUUACAUUUUGCUACUCUUCUAGCUGGAGCGGUAAAGUAUUCGGCCUUGUCUCACAGAAGAGGAAAUAAUACCACCAUAGCAGACAUUCACACGAUACUCUGUUUCUAUAAGACAUACUGGUGUAGCUGCCUGUAAAAUAAGUUCAGUAAAAGUUCAAAGACCAUGAGAAGCAUGUGCAACAACACCACCAACACCACCAACAUCACUUGCAGCGUGGACACCUCACAGGGUUUGGCUUACUGUCCUUUGUUUCUCCUGGGUUUCCUUGUCAAUGGUGCUGCUCUGCGGGCCUUCAUUGCCAAACGGGACUCCUGGACAGACACCCAUGUCUACAUUAUUAACCUGGUAAUAGCUGAUUCUACCCUAAUCCUCUUCCUUCCCUUUCGGAUCUUUGAUGCCUUCUUCUGCCUGCCCAAGACUUACUUGUGUAGUUUCCUAUUGUCCAUACAUUACAUCAAUAUGUAUGCCAGCAUCCUGACAACGGCGGCCAUCAGUGUCCACCGCUACCUGGCUAUAAGGUUCCCACUGCAGGCCAGAUCAUGGAGGAAGAAGAAAGAGACAGCUUUUGCUGUGUGUUUGCUCAUUUGGAGCUUUCUGGUGAUAAUAUGUACUAUAUACAGAGAGGAGAACAAUCCCAAAAACCUCUGGACCUGUUAUGAAAGAUGUAAAAAUUCCCCACUUGAUGCAAAAUUAAUUUCAAUUAUGGUGUCUCUAGGCUUCCUCUCUCCACUGCUUAUCAUUGUGUUCUGUUCAAGUCAGAUCAUAGCUAUUCUGUUAAAGGUGGAUGACAGGUCAGGGGAAAAGAAAAGCACCAUUGGCAUAGUAACAGCAAACAUGGUUGUGUUCUUCAUCUGCUACACACCGAUCCAUGUUGGCUUUCUUGUCAACUACUUUGCCCCUCUACCUGAAAACUGGCAUGUUGUACACACACGUGCACAUCUAUAUUUACUUGUGUCUGAAUGGAUUGCUUCCACAAACUGUUGUUUUGAUUCCAUCAGCUACUAUUUUUUAUUGAUGAAGUUUUAUUCAAAGGCAGUGGGAGCACAAUGAAUUACUCUGUCUUUAAAAACAGCAUUUUUGUGUCAUGUUUUUUUAGACUGUAAAAUAAAGGAUAUUGUUAAAGGGGCACUCCACUGAUUUUAAACAAUAAAGUUCUGAGAAGUGUGUUACAUCAGCUGUGGCUCUGCAGGGGGUUUAAAAAAAUAACCCAAUAAUGUCAUCAGCAUAAUCUUAGUUUGGGGCUCAGACACACCAUCUCAAAUAUAAACCUACAUCACAAACUGAAGGUGUAGCAUUUGAAAGAAAUGUGAAAAAGGAAGCAAUGAAGGUCAAAUAAAAGAUGCAUUAUGGGAACUGUAGGAUGGAGCUUGAUACAUUUUAGGGAUUCAAAAUCAGGAUAUCUUGACCUUUCCGGCUUCAUUUUUCACCAUUUUUAAAUAUCAUUCUGUCUCUUAAGUUCCUGAAAUUUGUGGAAGUACAACACAAAAACACUGGAGUGCCCCUUUAUAUUUCCAACACAAUAGCUGGCUGGCAUUUUUUUUUUACUUUUGUGAUUUAUUCGUAUAUAAUGUUAGCUAUUAUAAUGUUUUCAGCCUUAUUUCCCAGUUGGCUAACUGCAUAGUUGAUUUGUUAAUGUAGGUAUUUGUCUUUUCAGUAUUGUUAAUUAUGUCAGCAUCUGUUACCUCUGGCUUGGUGUAAAGUUUCUGUACAAACUUUUCAGCUGCUUUAUAGAUGUUUGUGGGUUAUUGUCUGUGUAUGUUUUGGGAUAUAAAUAACUGUGAUGCAACUCAACCUUUUGUUGACCUUAUUGCUCUCUGU